UAAAUAAAGACACCGCAUAGCCUACAUUUUUCAUGACGUUUUUAUUUAUGUUAGUCUAGUUUUUUAACCGCUGUUAGUCGAGUUUUAUUAAUUUUUCCAAAUAUUAUAUUGUCAGGAAGCAGGCCUAUAGCCUACAACAGAUUUUUGCCUAUAUUUUUUGUAGUAGCCGAGCAGAGCGUAGACCCCGGCUCAGCAGAGUGACAGGUGUGCCUGUUUCUCCUUUAAGAAGGUAAGCUUUGGGUGUGGUUUGAAGUUUCCGGGUGAACUUGCACGAGUAAACAACCAAGUAGCCGACUGGUUGACAAACCAUAGCAUGUGGCAGUGGCAGUUACACGGAAAAGAUACAGAUUGAAUUAUUAUAGCCAAAAUGGCUCAUAAGGGAUACAUUAUCUUAUCUGUUCAGUCUUCUGUGAACUAAUUGUUGAGGUGGUGUGUUCUGUCACCGCACAUAAAACAGGUAGUUUAGUCAAAUCCAGAAAUUGUGAAGUUUGAAAUCAGUGUAUGUAAGCUGUACAUCAAGUAUAAUGAAGGGAUUCACAGUUGCGUUUUUCCUUACGUUCAUACAUCAGACAGGCGCAGCAAAUGGGAGCCCAGAUGAGACAGUUCUAUAUGGAACACUAGGAGAGAGUAUUGUACUUCCGUGUUGUAACACAGCGAUUAAUGUUACCCCUACGUUGACGCAAUGGAUGAAGAAUGGACAAUUAAUUAUUGACAGCAAUCAUUCAAAAAUUAUAACGCCUUUAAGUGAAGCGCACCUGACGAUACUGAACAAUCAAAGUUUGUACAUUAAUGUGCUAGCUAGAUCAGAUCAAGGGGACUAUAUUUGUGUAUCCUUACCCAACGAGAAAAAAAAUCUAACAAAUGUCAAAUUGCAAAUAGUCAGUGGUCCUGACAAUGGUAUCACAGUCAUCGGACCGGCCAAGGCCCUUCCCAAUGGGACCCUUUUCAUCCAGAGGGGUUCCAGACUGGCCUUGAACUGCUCCAGCUUGUUCUACCCCUCCCAGAGACUGUCCUGGUGGUUUCAAGGUGUGGCGUCCAGCAAUGAAUCCCUGGCAGCCGGGAAUGGAUCCUGGUUGAACAUCAGUAUAGAGGUCCAACCCAAAGAUCAGGGGAUCUACAGCUGCAGAGCACAGAACUCAGUCUCCGAGGAGGCAGUUGUUGGGAGCAAAGAGCUGCUCGUAUACUAUCCCCCUGAGAGGAGUCCAGAGUGCAUGUGGAGGGUAGCAAAGGACCUGAACCAUGUCCAGUUUAAUUGCAGUUGGUUUGGAGGCUACCCCACUCCGACAUUAUUCUGGGGGGAGAGUCAUAUCAUGCCAGGGAGUCAGGUGUUUGAACAGCUGAUGCAGGAGGAGGAGACAGUCAGUUUGGUGGUAAAUCUGAACAGGUCGUUGUUACUGGAAGAGGAGAAUCUGAGGUGUUACGGGCAUCACCCUACAAUUAGACCGGAAGAGGAGAAGUUCUGCCUCUUCACUCUCAGGUCUCCCUAUCCCAGUGGGAAUCCAUUGGUGACAGCCCUGGAGGGGACCAAUGUCACGUUAACCUGUACAGAGUCCAUCUCCGUGCCUCCAGCCAUCACUACCUGGCAGAAGACAAUCCACCAGGAGGACGUGAUCCCCAGCGCAAAGUAUGUGAUGUCGGAGAAUGGCCCAGUCUUCAGCCUUACCAUAGUUAAUGUCACCAUGGAGGACGAGGGCUUCUACUUCUGUAGGAGUGAGAACCCGCUAAUGGUCCGCGAACUUGAGAUCCAGUUGACGGUGAAGUACUCAUCACAGUACACUGGAGCAGUCAUUGGGGUUUUCCUUGCCAUUUUGGUCGUUGGAUCUGGAGUUGUUAUUGCGAAAAUAUUAUACUCCCGACGUGACCGAAUUUGCCUGGAUAAUGGAUUUGGGCGAAUGGAGGAGGAGACGGGAGAUGUGAUAAGCCUAGUUGAUUCCGACGAGGAGUUUGUGUUUGAGGAAGCUGUACCCAGACUACCUUCGCAACCUGUGGCUAAUGGACACAACACCACAUUUGUGCAGAUACACAGAAUUCCGUCCAAUGACCACGAAGAUGCAGAAAUUGUUGAACAUCCAUUACAGUUAGAACAUACUACGGAUACGGAAGAACUUGUCACAUUUUAGGUGUUUUUGUUUAUUUAUUUGUUCUUUUUCAGAGAAUAUGAAACAAAACAUGUAUUACCUAUGAAUGUGUGAAAUAAUUGUUGGUUGGAUUUAACCUAAUAUGUAGAUUGGUUGAUUAUGUUUGCUACUGUCAUUUCACCCUUGUAUCGUUUUAGCUUCAGGUUUAUCAAUUGGUCGUUAACAGGGUUAUUUCAACGGAUUGAUGCCAUUUAUCAUUAAAUUACUUUUUUUUUAUACAAUGUUAUAUGAAAUGUUGUAUUACUAAACACAAAACUAAAUAUGAAUGUAAAAGUAUAUACGAAGAUGCAGAAAUUGUUGAACAUCCAUUACAGUUAGAACAUACUACGGAUACGGAAGAACUUGUCACAUUUUAGGUGUUUUUGUUUAUUUAUUUGUUCUUUUUCAGAGAAUAUGAAACAACGUGUAUUACUUAUGACUGUGUGAAAUUAUUGUUGGUUGGAUUUAACCUAAUAUGUAGAUUGAUUGAUUAUGUUUGCUACUGUCAUUUCACCCUUGUAUCGUUUUAGCUUCAGGUUUAUCAAUUGGUCGUUAACAGGGUUAUUUCAACGGAUUGAUGCCAUUUAUCAUUAAAUUACUUUUUUUAUACAAUGU